AUGUUUGGAUCAAAGCUCAAAAGAGGCUCUCUCAUCUUUCUCAGAAGAAACAGCACGGUUGCUGAUCUUGUCCAGAGACUCAGAACAGAGUCCAAUAUCAAUGUAGCAGAUGCUCGGUCCAUUCUUUCAAGUCGAGCAUUCGAUGAUCAAGAUCUCAAGCUUCUCCACGAACUCUUGAAAUCUGAUGUCGCUACCGAUAUCGCAAACGAAAUUUUGACUCACGGUUUGGCUCACGACUUCUCGCUAUACCAUACUGUUUCAAAAGUACCCAAUCAUAAGUGGAACGACACGGCACUUGCAUCUUUGAUCCAGAACAACCCUGGAAGAGCAUACAGCCUGGAAGCUUUAGCAAAGAAGCAUUCGCAGGGUGAGAUUUCCACCCAAGUACGUCUUUUACUUGCCAACAAACUUCUAAUAGGUGAGAAGAGCGACCAGGGUGAUACCGAAUUUAAGCCCAGCGAGCAAAGCAUCAUUAGAGCUAUUGAAAUAAUCAAUGGCUGCAAAGAUCUGCAGAGCAUGGAGGGUACGCUUAUUAUAUUGUUUGAUGUGCUCCUCGAUCAGGGAUCAUUGGACUUGUUCCGCACCAUCGAGAUCAAUGGACUCGGUGAAUGGAUUUUUGCGAACAAGCUCAGAAAUUUGCCCGAGGAAUCCAGUAGCACACAGUUUCUCUCUGUGGCGCAAAUGGUGUUCCUGGAGAGCCCUGGUCUCUUGAGCAAGGAGGAUUACUGUAAGAUUCUCUCUUUGGAAGGGCUUGACCAAAGCUUCGAGCCGUUCAUGAACGAAGUAUUGGAGUAUGUUGAACUGCAAAAAAUGGAUUUUGAUAAGGCAGAUGCCAAUGCUCUACUCAUCCGUCUCCAACUCAUGGAAACAUAUGGUAUCAACAGAGACGCCGUGGACAUCAUGCUCGAGAAGUUCCAUUUGUAUCAAUCUAAAGAAAAGUUUGGAAUCGAAUUCGUGCAAACGAAGGUUGUCAAAGCCUUCUGUUAUCAAUCGCUAAAGAACGAGGAUGCCACUCAGCUCAAAAUCGCAGAAACUCUUGUUUUGCCUGAAGGUUUGCCGGUGUCUACAGUGGCAGAACUCAUUCUCGCGAAAAGUCAGUUCUCAACCGAGCUGUCGCUUGAAGUUUUCAACGAAUACAUUCAGCUAGUGUCCGAAACGGUAAACGAGGUUACUCAAAGAUCUCCCAAGGGAAUUUUGACCGAGGCGGUAAUUGUUUCUGCCUUGUACAACAAUGACCGAGCAUUCGCCGAGUUAGUUUACCAAAAGGCGAUUGAAAGCAAGACCAUUUCGAACGAGCAUGAAGUGGCCACAGUCAAGAAGGUCUUCAAAGUCUACGGAGAGGCAUUUGUUGAGGACAGCUGGGAGAUUGCCAAGCCAAUCUUCAAAGCGUAUGUCCUUCGCAAGAUCAAAGAGUUGGGCAAGACCGCAUUUUGA